UCUCUCUCAAAUCAGAUGAAUUGUUAUCCAAUAACAGUGAAUUGAAUGAAUGACAGUGUUCUGGAGUAGAAUUUCCCAAGCAUUCAUUAGACGCCGUCCCUAUUUUUACACCCCCUGCUUCACAUCAAACCAUGGGUCGUCCUCAACCUGGAUAUGGAAUGCCUAGCAAUGCUUCAAGAAGGCUUGAUGAAACUAUGGCUACAGAAAUUGAGAGUUUGAGCUUGUCAAGCAUGGAGGCUAUGCAAAAUGUUAUGGAACUCCUAAGUGACAUGCUACAGGCAGUAAAUCCUGGUGAUUCUGCGGCUGUAAAAGAUGAAGUGAUAGUUGAGCUUGUUAAUGGGUGCCGCACCAACUAGAAAAAGCUGAUGCAGAUGCUCACUUCAACUGGGUUGAUCUAGUGAAGGAUGGGGGACAUACAUAUUUCAUCAGGUUUCUUGAUAGCCAGGAAGCAUAUCCAGAACAGUGUGCAAUGGCUGCAUUUGUUUUGGCUGUAAUUGUGGAUGGUCACAGACGGGGUCAAGGUUCUUCCAUAGUUAAAAAAUUAUAUAGUUUGGAUAAUUAAUGCUAUGAAAUGUCCUUGUUUUUCCCUCUAGACAGCAAAGCGGACAUUGUCUUGUUUUCAAUUUUUUGUGUGGAUGGUAGUGCGCCAAUGGAGCUGUCCACUGCCACACCAUGAUUUUAUCUGUGACUGCUAACACUGACACUGACACUAACAUUUCAUUACAACCACAAGUCACUUGUUGUAAUUUUGUACUGUUAUGUUCCAUCUCCAUGACUGCCAGAUUAUUGUUUAGCCGUAUCCAUACAUAGAUAUAUAUAUACAUAAUUUUAGACCUUAUGUUAUAAACUACUACAUUCAUACAUAUAUAUUUGGAUAUAAUUGUAGAUUUUCUAUCUGUUAUAAGCUAUUGGAUCCAUACAUAUGCAGGUUCUGGCUACUAUACAUCUCAUUACCAUGAUUUGAAAUUUGUGUACCACAAGCAUAUUGGCAGCUUGUUCAUACUCUUGAGGCUGCUCAAACAAACCUGCUCCUCCCGGGGCAGUAUUGUAAUUUGUUAACUGAGCUAAUGAAGUUUGAUUUCUUUUCCAUCCUGGCAGCUCUAGGGAGAUUUUCCUUUGGUCACAACAAUCAUCUCAAGUCAAUUGUUGCAGCAUAUUGGAAGCAUACUGGGUCUCCUUUGAGUUCCCUGCCUUCUUUGGCUUAUAGAAGAAGUCCAAGUAGUGUUGUUCCAUCUCAGAUUGGUCCAAUAUCGAGAGUUGGCACUAACAGCUCGUCUCUUGUUCGAGAUGGAAGGGUCUGCACUAGCAGCCCUCUUGCUACUUCUGGAUUGGCCCAAUCCUUUGGCAUCGACUCCUUUUGGAUUGGCCCGAUCGUCGUCAUGGCUUGAUAUGAAUGG